AAUUUUAGUUCAUGGUUUAGUUAGGGAAGAAGACACAUGCUUGGCGCUUUCAUCGAAGCAGUAAAGCGUCGGUGUGCGUAAAAUGGCGGAUGGUGACAUUGAUUUGUACGCCGAUGAUCUUGAACAGGAUUUUGCCCAGGAUGAAUUUGCUGGGGAUGGAGUUGAUCUAUAUGAUGAUGUGAUUGCGGCACCCUCGGGGGGAAAUGGAGGUGUUUCUGGUGCUAACAGCACUAGUGUUGGGGGCGGAAGUGGUGGCGGUGAUGCAGAUACUACAAAUGCGACAAGUGAAGAAACAAAUGGAAAUGCUCCAUAUCAUCAAUUAGGCAAUAAUAUACAGCCAAAUCAAAUUGGAAGAAGACAUCAACUUUAUGUGGGAAAUUUAACUUGGUGGACCAGUGAUCAAGAUAUUACAGAUGCCGUUCAAAGUGUUGGAGUAUCGGACUUUGUUGAAGUUAAAUUUUUUGAAAAUCGUGCUAACGGGCAGUCUAAAGGAUUUUGUGUUAUUUCUUUGGGUUCUGAGCAAAGUAUGAGAAUUUGUAUGGAAAGACUUUCAAAAAAAGAAUUACACGGUCAAAAUCCUGUUGUAACCUAUCCUACGAAACAGGCAUUGAAUCAGUUUGAAUCACAAUGUAAAACAAGGCCAGCACCAGCUCCACAACAAAAUCAAAAUCAACGGCCUCAUAAUCCUCAUCAGCAUCAACAACAAAUGCCACCUCAUCAACAGCAUCCACAACAUCCACCUCAUACCCAACAUCCUCAACAGAAUCAUGGCCCGAGAAUGAUGAUGGGACCUCCUCAAGGAGUAAGGCCACAACGAAUGCCACCGCCAGGAAUGGGAGGUCCUCCCGGACCUGGUGGUCCAGGACAACAAGGCCCACCACGUAUGCAUGGACCUCCUAUGGGAGGUCCAGUAGGUCCUCAUCAUAACAUGCCAGGACACCCAAAUCAAGGACCACCACCGCCAGGUUAUCAACAGGGACAUUGGAAUGGUCCACGACCUAAUGGGCCACCCGGUCCACCUCGAGGACCCAAUGGACCUGGUGGUCCACCACAACAAGGACCUCCUGGUCCUGGCCCUGGCCAACAUAGACCUCCUGGAAUGCAAUUUCAUGGAGGACCCCCUGGUCCACCAGGUCAAGGACCACCACGCGGCCCACCUGGACAUCCAGGCGGACCCCCUGGAGACCCAAGAGGUGCACCACCUCGUCCUGAAUGGAAUCGACCGCCUGGACCUCCAGGUUUUCCUCAACAUCAACAUAUGCAAGGCCCACAACCCGGUCAAGGACCGCCUCAACGUGGACCGCCACCUGGAAGCAUGGGUGGUAUGUUACCAGGUCCAGGUGGACCACCUCCAGGUCAUGGUGGACCUCCGCAGGGACCUCCUCAAGGCCCACCCGGAGGUCCAGCUCCUCAUGUCAAUCCUGCAUUUUUCCCACAAGGUCCUCACCAACAUCCAGGACAACAUCCGGGUGGACCACCUGGUGGACCUCAUGGACCUCCACACGGCCCUCCUCAUGGCCCUCCACAUGGACCUCCUCAUGGACAACCGCAUGGACCACCUCAUGCACCUCCUCAUGGUUAUCCGGCUGCUCAACCUCCAUAUGGCACUCCAGGACCUGAUCAUCGCCCCGAAGACGCACCUCAAAUCAGAGAACAAGAAUUUGAAGUAAUUAUGGAUCGUAAUAGAACUGUUUCAUCUUCUGCUAUUGCUCGUGCAGUUUCGGACGCUGCAGCUGGUGAAUAUGCUAGCGCUAUUGAAACUUUGGUUACUGCAAUAUCUUUGAUUAAACAAUCUAAAGUUGCCGGUGAUGAUCGAUGUAAAAUUUUGAUAAGUUCUCUUCAAGACACAUUACGUGGUGUUGAAACUAAGAGUUAUGGAUCUGCUCGUCGUGAACGUUCGAGAUCACGUGAUAGAGAUCGCAGCCAUCGACGUCGACGUGAUAGAUCAAGAAGUCGUGAAAGAGAAUACCGGGAACGUAGUAGAGAUCGAGAUCGUGAACGAGAUAGAGAUAGAGAUCGUGAACGUGAUCGUGAUCGUGAACGUGAAAGAGAACGCUACUACAAUGAAUCUUAUCCGAGAGAGAGAUCCCGCAGUCGAGAGCGAGACCGUGAACGAGAACGAGAGAGAGAAUACAGAGAACGAAGCAGAGAAGAGAGUACAACUCGUCAGGCAGCUAGACCAAGAGUAAAAGAAGAGCCUUCUGAAACGGCACCUGUGUCAUCUUCCAAGCCUUCUAGGUAUUAUGACGAUCGCUACAGGGAGCGUGAACGAGAUAGAGAACGUGAACGAGAAACAAGCCGAAGACCAGCAGAACGGGAAAGAGAGCCAGAACGAGAACGUGAAAGAGAACGUGAACGAGAUCGACGUGAUGAACGAGGAGAUUCUUCACAUCGUUCCAGACAUUAAAUAAUUCUAUAAUUUAGUCUACGACUAUAUGAAAUAAUAGUAUCGACAAAAACAUACUAUCAGUUUAUUCCAUUUUCUUUAGAUGAUAAAAAAAAAGUAAAAAAAAAAAAAUAACGAAAAUGAUGAAAAAAACAUAUUCAUUCACAUACAAUAAUUUAGUAAUCAUCGUUGUCAUCAAUAUAAGAUUUGUCAGUGGCACCCAAAGAUUUUUACAAAAAAAAUGUUAUAAAUGAAUCACAUUAAUUUUAAAGACAUUACUUUUAUCUAUAUAUAUAUAUAUAUAUAAAUAUAUAUAUGAAUUAGUUGGUAUAAAAAAAUAAGUAAUUUUAUUGCAUAUGCAGUAAAUAUUGUGACCAUACAGUAGUAUCAUUCAACAAUUAACUUUUUUUUUCGAUAUGCCACAUGUAUUAAUAUCAAUAUUCUAUAUGUAGAUGUAGGUUAAUUAAUAAUUA